AUGAUAUGGGCGAAUCCCAUCGGGUACACCCCGCCGCCCCUCAACCGAAAUGGCGACUCCGUUAUUGUUAUGAUAAUAAAUAGAGCUGGGCUCGGCGAGUUCUGUGUAGUAGAAUGGAUCCAGGGCAGUAAAGCCGGUAGGCGUGACACGGUGUCGCGAGACUUAGUCGAGUUACAGCCUGACCGAGGACCUAGCGCCUGCAAAGUCCGUUCUCCAUUUUCUAACCAGUAUUCUCCUGCAGUUUUGCACUUUCAUAAUGACGAUAUCAAGUGUAUCUCGAUGUUCAAAUUGCUGUCAACUAACACAGCGGCGAAGAACGCCGUGGUCCCGAGCGACAAAGCCUCACGAAAGCGCCAAGGACAGCGUUCGCCACCGGCAGUUCAGCGAGUGGGGAAAGGACAUACAGACUUAGGCCGUGGUGGGCCACGUGACUCGACGGACGAGCUUCGGUACAUCGUGGUAGAAGCAUAUGAUUCUUUGCCUCAACAGUACGCUUGUGUGCCGAGGAGCUGGAUAAAAGCAAGCACCGGCACUAGCCUGGCCGCCGGCGCCUCCUGUAUGGAGGCUUGGCCGGCCCAGAUGAGCGGCGCUAAGGCAGACAUGGAGGAGCUUGGCUCUAGGGCUCGCCUUGGUCACUCGCCCUCGCCCAAGUGGGGUUUGCGUCGCUUCAACUGCGUGCACGCCACAGCUAACUAUGACGCUGGCCAGGAUUGGAUUCGGACGAUGACAAAAGGUCAGCCGAUUUACUCAGGUGACCCUCGUCCGGCCAAGGUUCCCCGCAUUUCCGACUCUUCUCGCCGCUUCACCAGCCUUCAGCUUACCAACACGCCACGACCGUCAAUAAGCGCAGUCGUCAAUGAGCUCCAUGAAAUGUCAGUCUGUCAUGACACAGACGACUGCUCUUCAUUCUUGCCGGCGCAGUAUAAUACAGAAGAGUUUCGAAAACUUAUAACAACAUAUCAUCGUAUCCCGAAGCGGCAACGACCCGCGAAUUCUGUACCAGAUCAUACGGCCGCACCUACACCAGUUCUCGACUCACUCGCUAAUCUUCCCUACUUAGAACCUUUACGAUCUACCUCAAUCCGUGAAAACUCCUCUUCUGCUGCUAGAAAAUCACGUAAAACUACAUCGUUUUCUACUUCAGCGAAAGUUAUGUUUUCCAUAAUCGCGCACCAGCACCGUCUAUCCCGUCAUUUUUUGCACCAUCUAAUCGCGCACCAGCACCGUCUAUCCCGUCAUUUGCGUCGACUUCAUGCCUACCCCCUGCCACCAUCUAAUCACGCACCAGCCACCUCUAUUCCGUCAUUUGCGUCGACUUCAGUGCCUACCCCCCUGCCACCAUCUAAUCGCGCACCAGCAACGUCUAUCCCGUCAUUUGCGUCGACUUCAGUGCCUACCCCCCUGCCACCAUCUAAUCACGCACCAGCCACCUCUAUUCCGUCAUUUGCGUCGACUUCAGUGCCUACCCCCCUGCCACCAUCUAAUCGCGCACCAGCAACGUCUAUCCCGUCAUUUGCGUCGACUUCAGUGCCUACCCCCCUGCCACCAUCUAAUCACGCACCAGCCACCUCUAUCCCGUCAUUUGCGUCGACUUCAGUGCCUACUACGAUACAGUCUACUGCUGCUUCAGUCCCUUGUAGCGAAUUAUUAUCUUUUACUUCAGCUAUCUCUCUACAAUAUGUCUCACCAGCCACCUCUACUCCUUUACUUCCCUUAAUUCCUUCAACUUCAGUAGUGACUCCCUCGCAAGCUUCUACUUCUGUAGACCACACUUCUACCACCGUUUCCUCUUCCAUCGCUCGCACGACACUUCCUAAAGCCCAAUCUCCGUCUACCACGACGCGAGCCGAACCUAACUCGUCACAAAUUAUUACUAAACGGCAGAUUCGAUGUGAAUUCAUUAAAUUAAUAAGUAAAAUUACUGAACUAGAUGAAGAUUUAGAAAAAAUGUGUAACAGUACCGUGAAGGGAAUUCAUUCGAGUGCUUUGAAAUUUCAAGAAUCUAUGAAACCUUUUUACAAUUAUUGUUUAUCAAAAAACAAUGACGUCGCCGUAGAAGCAAAUUAG